AUGAAUUCUGAACUAUCGGGAUAUCUAUAUCUUCAGCCCAAGGGAGCCUUGAGUCGAUUAAAACGACGACAAGUAUGGUUUGUGUUUGACGAUAGCACUUGUCAUCUGUUUUACUAUAAAACAGAUCAAGAUAUGGAAUUCAACCACCUUCCGAUUGGUUCAAUUAAUAUUAGGAAAGCUGGAUUGUCACUGCAUAUGGAUCAACACCAUCAGUUCUGCAUUAGUAGUGAAAACAGAGAUCAUAUAAUUACAGCUGAUAGCCAUGAUAGUAUGAUGCAUUGGCUCAACGCAUUACAGCUUAAAAGAGAUGCUUUUGCUGAUAAACAUUCAGUGCAGUGUUUUAAUGAAGAACAGUACAGAAAACAUCAAACCAAAACCAAGACGUCUAAACUGAGUGAAGGAGUAGAGGAAGCGGAAGAAGCAAAAUCAGAUGACAACGGUGAAAAAGUUGAAACAACAAGUUGUCAUAGCAACUCGCUAAGAGUUGUCAGUACAUCACACCAUGGAAGCAUUUCGUCAUUUACAGAUAUAAGCUCAGAAAGUUCAUUUGAAAUUGAAAGUCAUGCUGCGAAUGGGCUUGACAAUCUGUCAAUAUCCUCAACUGAGGGAAACAGCGCCCCCAUAGGGUCACUGAGGGAAUUGCAAGCCGAGUUAGAGAAGACAAAGAAGGAAUUAAAGAGGCUGCAAAAACGUGAAGAGGCUUACAAGGAGUUACUUGCAUCACGAGAAGAAGUCAUUAUCGAGUUAAAUGACAAAGUAGAACAAUUGGGUCAUAAAAAUAGUUUUGGAUCCAAUUCAGAGGCUGGGGCAUAUUGUCAGAAGUUACAUGAUCAGAAUACUUUCCUAAAUAACGAAAUUCAGCGGUUGACGAAACACAAACAAAAGGAUCGAACAAAGCUUGUAAACAAACAUAGGAAUCUUCAGGAAGUUGAAGCUGAGAAUAAAAAACUAAAAAGAGAUUAUGUAUCUUUACUACAAAGUUGUAUAACUUUAUCAUCAAUAGAAGCGCCAUGUGACUUACAACAAAAGGUGUUCGGAAACCGACAUUUACAAAGAAUAUCACAAUUAAUUGAAGAAUGUCGACAGACAGAUCCUAAACUGCCGGAUGCAAGGACUUUAUUUAAUACCGAACAUAUUGAUCAGUACGGGUUUAUUCAUCCGCCAAAGCAUCAAGCAUUAUUCAUACACUAUGUGUGUCAGUUACUGUAUCAGCAUUAUUCUAUGGAUAUCUUGGAGAAAGCUGAAUAUCACAAACGCUGGGAUAAUUUCAUGGUAAACCACAGAAAGAAUUUCCAUGAAAUGCCUGAAUUACGGGAGUUAAUAUUACUAGGUAUACCUGACGAAUACCGAGCGGUCAUUUGGACGCAGUUAGCGAUAAACCACGUACAGGAUAUCAAGGCAAUUAAGGGGGAUAACUACUAUAAAUCCUUGCUAGCACAGAUACCAGGUAAUUUACAUAUCAAAUCCUACCAAAGACAGAUAGAACUUGAUUUACUGAGAACUAUGCCGCAGAAUAUCCAUUUUAAAGAUGGAAAUUGUGAAAAAGUUAAUCAACUGCGUGAAGUUCUAGAAGCAUACUGUAUACAUAACCCUGACAUUGGAUAUUGUCAAGGGCUGAACUUUAGUGUUGGCACAUGUCUACUUUAUAUGGAAGCUGAACAAGCCUUUUGGUGCCUCGUCGCGUUUGUUGAUCGUUACUUCUCAUCUGGAUACUUCGAUCGUUUUUUAGUCGGUGCUCAAGCUGAUCAAGCUGUCCUCCAGGAAUUGAUCGCUCAAAAACUUCCCGUUUUGUAUGAACAUUUUAAGCAACUUGAUAUAGAAAUAUCCACCAUUACACUUACCUGGUUUCUGGCGAUCUUUUUUGACAGUGUGCCUUUUGAGGUUAGUGGUGGUUAUGAAAUUGAUGCUAAGCUUAGCUUUGAGCUGAUGGAUUAG